AUGAGCCCCAGUACUCCCGAAGAAGCAGAAGCGAUGAAAGCUGUUCCGUUCAAGGAGGCAGUAGGUUCCCUUUUAUACGCGGCUCAAGCAACCCGACCGGAUAUUGCGUAUGCGGUGAACAUGGUGAGUCAACUUUGCAGCGAUCCAGGACAGCGGCACUGGGAGGCCGUGAAACGAAUUUUGCGGUAUCUUCGUGGAACCACUGAAGCACGAUUGGAAUAUUCGGCGAAUGGCACCUUGCAACUGACCGGCUGUACCGAUGCGGAUUGGGGAGGAGACGUGGAUACGCGGAAAUCAACUACGGGCUACAUUUUCAUGAGGAUGGGAGGAGCUGUUUCCUGGAGCGUAAAACGACAAGCAACCGUGGCGUUAUCGUCCUGUGAGGCGGAGUUUAUGGCACUAUCGGCAACGGUUCAGGAGGCUCUCUGGUGGCAACAGCUACUGGAACAAAUAGAUGGUAAGCAGGUGGUACCGGUAUUGUGUGACAACCAAUCCGCAAUCUGUAUCUCCGGAAGUAAUGGAUUCAGACCCCGGACCAAGCUUGUAUCCAUCCGUCACCAUUUCGUCAAGGACUCUAUUGAAAAUGGUGACAUCAAACUUGGCUACAUCUCUACAAGAGAACAACCAGCGGAUGGAUUCACAAAGCCGUUGGCUAGACUGAAGCAUGUGGAGUUCCGGAAGAUGAUAGGUAUCGUAGGUUAA